AUGGCAACUGUAGAAGAACGAAAGGAACUUGACGCUAGGGCCAAGAGAGGAGAAACGGUUGUUCCGGGAGGCAAAGGGGGGAAAAGUCUUUUAGCUCAAGAAAAACUUGCUGAAGGUCGGAUGAAAGGUGGAAAGACAAGAAGGGAGCAACUAGGAAUAAAUGGCUACAAGAUGAUGGGGAAAAAGGGUGGCCAGACAAGAAAGGAACAACUCGGAACCGAAGGUUUUAGAAAAUUAGGCCGUCUUGGUGGGCUCUCCAACAUUGCAAUGAAAUCUGGAUCAACAUCAGCUUCCACAUCUCCAGACCCCGCACCUGGAUCAACAUCAACUUCUACAUCCCCAGACGCCGUGUCUACACCUGCACUCCCAUUAAACCGUGCUUCUGAUGAAAAUUAG